AUGGCGUCUAUGGGGUCUCUUCCUUUUGUAAUCGACACUGCAAUGGAGAGUUCCGUUCUUCACUGUGCAGAUUAUAGUCGACCAAACUUUCCUUUAUUCGCGUAUAGGCCGAUAAAGUUUCUUGAUUCUGGCGUUUUGACUGAUUCGGCAUUUGGGUGUUUCAAAGUUGUGGGUGAGGAUAUUGGUAGGUCGUCUUCAAUUUCAUGGAGAACUAAACGUCUGAGAGCAAAAGGAAAGGGCUCUGGAGAAGUUGAAGAUGGUGAUAAAUCGGAGGAUACAUUUCAGGCCACAAUAGAGAAGAGCAAGAAGGUUCUAGCCAUUCAAAAUGACCUACUUCAGCAAAUUGCAGAAAGAAGGAAACUAGUUUCAACUAUUAAGAAUAGUAUAGUAGACCCACAAGGCGAAUUUUCCAACGAAGAGGAGGACAUCACUUUUUCAAGUCUGAAUAUUGCUUCAACCCAUGAUAAUGCCACUGAUGAAGAUGAUAGUAAUGAAAAUCUAUCUACCACAAAGGAGCCUGAGGACCUACCUCCUAAAAAGGCUUAUUUAAGUGCAAAUUCCCCAAACAUAUUGGAAAAAAUUCCUUCUGAUGAAGGUGCAAAGGAAACUGAGGACUUACCCAUUCAAAAGAGUUCCUUAGAUGUAAAUUCCCGCAAACAGUUAACAGACACUGCUUCAGAGGCAGUUAGGGCUGCUGAGCUGCCAUCCUUUCUUCCAAGUUUCUCUGCAACAUCCAUUAUAAAAGAUGAACAAAAAGAAGAUUUUAAAGAAUCGAGUUUACAAGAGGUGACUGGUGAGGCAAAUGAUCCUGCCGAUGACGAUGUGAAAUCCCCUCCUUUGGCCGGGCCCAAUGUUAUGAAUGUUAUAUUGGUUGCUGCAGAAUGUGCUCCUUGGUCUAAAACAGGUGGGCUUGGAGAUGUUGCUGGGGCUUUACCAAGGGCUUUGGCUCGGCGUGGUCAUAGGGUUAUGGUUGUGGCACCACGUUAUGGUAAUUAUGCUGAACCUCAAGAUACUGGAGUUAGGAAAAGGUAUAGGGUUGCUGGGCAGGAUAUGGAGGUGGUUUACUACCAAGCCUAUAUUGAUGGUGUAAAUUUUGUUUUUGUGGAAAGUCCUGAGUUUCGGCAUUGA